AUGAGUGACAAUACCCAGGAAAGAUCUGCGACUACCCCAGUCUCCCCCACCAUGUCUGUUGCGCGCCCACAUUGCUCGACGCCUGACAACCAUUCGGUCUCCAGUGACGCAUCUUUGAUAGAUUUGAGCGACUCCCUGUCGCAGUCCGAGCCUCGCCUCACAACAGAACCAGUUCCGAAAGACAUUAAAGAGACACUCAAAACCAUCACGAGUGCGACUGAAGCCCUGUUGCCUAUGAUAGACAUAUUGGCCGGUGUCUGUCAUGAUUUGGGAGCCUUGGCCCCGUACCUGACGGAUUUGGGCCAUGGUUUGCGCAGGAAUGCUGCUCAUCUUGCCAGAGCUGGCGAUCACACAGAAAACACGAUCUUCGAUCCUGAACCAGCGGCUUCCCACGAUACGUCUGAUCCAACAGACUCUCGCAAAUCUUCAUUCGUCAGACAAAGGCCUAUCGGCACCUCGGACGAGCCGUCGACGUCCGGCAUUGCCCCCGACAAGAAGCCUUUGAGCAAGCUGUUCGCUAAUACUGGCACCCCACCCACACUUUCCAAGACGAAUAACGAGAGCUCAGAGUCCGACGAGUCUUCAGGGUCGUCCAUCGCACUGAUGACCAAGCGACAAAAGACAAACCCGGUGGAAAGUUCCGUCCGGCACGAGACAGCCCAAGACCGAAAGGAAGUCAUGAGCGCAGCUCCAGCUGUUCCUAGCAACGGGAAAUCUCACGACCAGAUCAUGGAACAAGAGAUAGCCUUGGACAAGCCGGCGCAGGUAGCCCCUGGAGUCUAUCCUCAUGAAUAUCAGGCUUUGCCCCUACCUCCGCUUUCUCCAAGAGGAUAUUAUAACACGCCAAGGCCAUUCAACACGAUAGAACUUCAGGCGAUUCCCAACCUUCCACGCCGGUUUAGUAUGCAAGGCAGCCCCACAACUCGAGCAUCCAACCAAGACGCAGUGCCGAAUAGGACAGGAUCUCACGCAGCUGAGCUCCCUGGUCAUCCACCAGUAUUCUCAGCCGAGGUAGGAAUCAGUCCACAAUAUGUCCAAACCACUCAAGGCAGUCCCCUACUUCACUCACAAGUCCACUACCCCAGCCUCUUGUCAAGCUCAGCUGACCCCUAUCCCAUAUCGCCUGGAUUACCGGGCGUUGUGAAUCCUUACCAGAGAACAACAUGGCCAGAUAAAUCGUUUGCUACCCUGCCCAGCCGUGACGAGAUUAGACGCGCUCUGAACAGCGCACCCAAUUCAGGUUCUAGAAGGCUACGACAAAUCCAGGAUAGGGAUCUCGAUCAGCUUCUCCCCUCUCUUGAGCAACCCUUCUCGCACAAGGCUCGGAAGUAA